GUUUGACAUCUGUCUGUAGCGGAAGAAAGAGCAGGACAGCUUUCACCAGCUGGAAGCAGGAGGAAGAAUUCAUCAACGAGGACAAGGAGAAAACGAAGCUCCGGCAUGAGAAACCUAACAAUGUGAAGCUGGGAAUAGCUAGCACCUUCACUGACAUUUUCAACCUAGCUAGUUGGAUAACCGGCUAGCUAGUAAGCUAAGGUUAGCCGGUAGCCGUGCAGUCAGAGACCGGGCCGCGGACCACCGCUGUCCCACCCACACGACCAUGACUCCCUCACAGCAGCAGGUUGUCCACCGGCAGCUGCAACCGUCAUUGAUCACCCAGAGACUGCAGCUGACUUUAAAACUGUUCUUGCUAGAAAAUGCCCGAAAUACACUGGAACAAGAACUUCUGAACCUCACUAACAAGCUUGUCUCCCUUUUCCUUCAGGCCUAUGAAGAGGUUCAAGGUUUCCUGAAUUCAGCAUGCCCAAAUAGUGUUUUCAGCGAUCUCACAAAGGCUCUGGAUUUGAAAUGUCAAGUCAUGGACAAAGUCUCAGCUUUAUUAAAGGACAUCGCAGUUGAGCACCAAGUUUGUGUUCAGCCUGUUGUCAGAAAUGGAGUGCGAACAAGUCUGCUUCAGCCACUCAGAGACAGAGGGAUCCUAAUGACGGAUGUUGUCAAGUUUGGGCCCAUGUUGCAGAAUUCGCUCAUGUCAACCUCCAUAGCCAAAGCAGCCCAGGUGCUUGGAGCCACACUGUCCCUCCAGCAAUUGAAACAUUUCCUCAUUUCCCAGCCUGCAGCAGUCCAGCAAGAUGACAUGAUAUGCAGCGUCACGUCCAGCUACAACAGCGCCGUUGUGACUACGAGCUCAUUUUCUCACUUAGAGGCUGAAGAAAAAGAACACAGUGUUGUUUUUGAGGAGGAACGCCCAGCAGAUGCUGUGAUUCUUCCACCUGUGAUUAUUGAGGGACCCAAGAUUAACCCAGAGAGGCCGCCUCCACCACUACUACUACCACCUCCCAUACAAGCUGUACUCCCAGAGAUCAGUAAUCCUAAACCAGUGAAAAUAGCACCACUAAUUAGAUGGGGAUGUGAGGAUGAUGUCCAGGUGCAACACCAAAAACAAACAUCCUCUCAGCUGCUUCACUUCCUCAGAGUAAAAGCUAAAAACGUGGGUGCGCUAGAGGUCACUGUCACCGAGUGGAGUAAAAGUAUGUCGCCACAGUCUCCCACCCAAAAAACACAAAGCUACCAGUUCAGACAUGAAGUGACAGAUGAUCUGAUCAAUGCGCUAUCGCCGAAAAUGUUAUGUGCAGACAUUGAAAGCCGAGCCCCCAUCUUCAGAGUAAAAAGAGUGGAAUCAAGCGGCUCCCUGACCUACACUUGUGUGAUUGCUACAAACACUGAAUUGUGGGAUAUUGCAGACAUCUUAACAGAGGUAGGAGAGGGAGACUCUAAACCUAGCCCCUUGGAAAGUAAAGACUGCCAAAGUGGUACAUCUCAAGUAGAGAACUCCUGUCUUAACGUCCAGUGGGAAACCCAAAAAGAAACUGAACAUGAGAGAAAUUCUGCUGGUGCGAAAACCUCAGCAAUCAACAGUAUUACCAUUCCCGAGUUCCAGAUCCGGAGGUUUGAAGAGACUGAGGUUGUGGUGUCUCAUAUUGUCAGCCCGGGCAGCUUCUACGUCCAACAGUCAGGCUCUGCCACGAAGCUGCAGGCGCUUGUCACAGACAGCUGGAAAGUCAGUAGUUCAUAUGCCGAGCAGAACUGCAUUCCAGACAUUGGAACCAAAGUAAUGGGUUGGUUCCCUAAGCAAGAAAAAUGGUGCAGGGCUCAGGUGACCAAGAUAUGUGGAGUGAGCAGAGAUAAUAAUGUCACUGAUGGUGCUGGGAGUGAGACAUCCAUCACGGUGGAGGUGAAGAGGCUGGACCAUGGUGACACAGCCUGCCUGUCGCUGUUGAACAUCAAGGAGCUGACCCCAGAAAUGGCUGCUCUACCACUUCAGGCUGUACAGGUCUCACUGGCAAAUGUGACGCCUGUGAAUGGGAGUGAUUGGUCUAAGGAGGCAGUGGACUGGUUCAAAGCAAUGGUGCACAACAGAACACUCUUUGCCAGACUUUACCCACAGGGGCCCAAAGUUACUGUCGAGCUGUUCUUGGAAAAGGGAAAGCUCGGAGCUAUGAGGAGGGGAGCAUCACUGUCCUUGAGGCUGGCCCAAAACGGACAUGCAAAACACAACAAACUGAAGAAUGUCGGCCUCAUGAAAAGCAACCUGGAGUCGAAAAUGAACUGGGGGACCUUUUAUGCCGUGAUCAGCGGCGUAAACAGGCACUCUACUGGCAUUGGACGCGUUUGGCUCUCCGUCAUCUUCAUCUUCCGCAUCCUGGUCCUGGUGGUCGCUGCUGAGAGCGUUUGGGGAGAUGAGAAGUCCGGCUUCACCUGCAACACCCAGCAGCCCGGCUGCAACAGCGUCUGCUACGACCAGUUCUUCCCCAUUUCACACAUCCGCCUGUGGGCGCUCCAGCUCAUCCUGGUCUCCACCCCCGCGCUGCUGGUGGCCAUGCAUGUGGCCCACCGACGCCACAUCGACAAGAAGAUCCUGAAGAGGUCGGGCCGCGGCAGCCCCAAGGAGCUAGAACACAUCAAGAGCCAGAAGUUUCAGAUCACCGGAGCUCUGUGGUGGACGUACAUGAUAAGUAUCAUCUUCAGAAUCAUCUUCGAGGUGGCUUUUCUUUAUAUCUUCUACUUGAUCUAUCCUGACUUUAAGAUGGUGCGUUUGGUGAAGUGUGACUCGUAUCCAUGCCCCAACACAGUGGACUGUUUUGUCUCCAGACCGACAGAAAAGACCAUAUUCACUGUGUUCAUGCUGGCAGUGUCUGGGGUGUGUGUGCUGCUUAACCUGGCUGAGGUGAUAUACCUCAUCGGCAGGGCUUGCAAGCGGUGUUUACGAGGCCCUGAGGAUGAGUCCAAAGUAGCUUGGAUAAGUCAAAGAUUGUCCUCUUAUAGGCAAAAUGAAAUCAAUCAGCUGAUAGCAGAUCAUUCUCUCAAGUCGAAGUUCACUGUGACCAAAAAGAGCCCGAUUGAGAAGGGUGAAAGGUGUUCUGCUUUCUGAGACUCUGCCCCUCCUGUUCCUUUGAAACUAACUGACAGUAAUCACACGUCCAUGGAGCAUGUUGCUCAGUCACGUAUUCUGUAUAUCUGAUCGGUAGCACACACAUAGACCAUUUAUUUAUGUUUUAUUCAGUCAAUCGCUUAUCGAUUCAUCUGUUUUUUGUUAGUUGCUGUUGAAACUCGUCAAAACUAUUUGGAGUCAGAGGUGAAGGUUAAAGGACCA